GCUUUUGCUCAGCUCUUGUUUCCGCACGGAGCAGAGAUUGAACCGUCACGCCGGUGUUCCUUGCUUUGCUGUCCCCCUGGUCAGGGUCACGCUGUGCAGCAGAAAUGUACCGCAGGGUUGUGCUGACCCUAUACGCGGGCGGCCGGGGACGUACAGCUGGGGCUCUCACCGCCAGCAGGUAUCCAGAUCACAUUCUGAAGUGCUUUUCUCUCGGAAGUGCGCACUCCUCUGAAAAGAAGCCACCUGAGACACAAGUCAGCUCUGACCCCGCUGUAGAAGGAAAGAAGCCAUCUGAGACCCAUGUCAGCUCUGACCCCGCUGUAGAAGGAAAGAAGCCACCUGAGACCCAUGUCAGCUCUGACUCCGCUGUAGAAGGAAAGAAGCCACCUGAGGUACAUAUCAGCUCUGACUCCGCUGUAGAAGGAAAGAAGCCACCUGAGGUACAUAUCAGCUCUGACCCAGCUGUAGAAGGAAAAAAGCCACCAGAGAAACAUGUCAGCUCUGACACACCUGCAAAAGGAAAGAUGGACAUGCCGCACAAGGAAGAGUCCUCCCAGCAACCAAAACGAGACACUUUGUUAAAUGUCAUAAAGGGCAUGAAGGUAGAAGUGAGUGCUAAGAGCAGGUUACAGCCAAAAAAGCACUGGAAAAAGGAACAACUGAUGGUGAAGGAGAAUAUGGAAGGAUUGGAAAGUUCCAGCAAGUCGUUUCAGAUGGCAUCAAAAGCAAAGCAGCCUAAGGAGUAA